GUCGCUGUGCCGGGGCCGACCAGCAGGCUCUUCCAUAGGUGGCUGCGUUUCCGACUUCGCCCUGGCUCCACUCCGGGGGCUUGACGUGCAAACUUCGCCGGAGCGAGCAGAGAGGGAGGGACCGGCGAGGGGGAGGAGGCGACAGGAGGCGCCUCCGCUUAAGGGAGCCGGCCGGGCGCCGCCGCUCGGACGGACGCGCGGACGGAAGGAAGGAGCGGGGCUGCCGGCCGGGCCGGGAUGCGAGCGCCCGCAGGGAGCGGAAAGAAUGUCGGAGCGGGCCGCGGAUGACGUCAGGGGGGAGCCGCGCCGCGCGGCGGGCGGAGCAGCGGCCGCCCGGCAGCAGCAGCAGCCACAGCCUCUGCAGCCCCAGCGGCAGCACCCGCCGCCGCGGCGCCCACGGCCGGAGGACGGCGGCACCGGGGCCGCCACCACCUCGGCCGCCGCCAUGGCGACAGUGGGGGAGCGCAGGCCCCUGCCCAGUCCCGAAGCGAUGCUGGGACAGUCGUGGAAUCUGUGGGUGGAAGCUUCCAAACUUCCUGGGAAGGAUGGGACCGAAUUGGAUGAAAGUUUCAAGGAGUUUGGGAAAAACCGCGAAGUCAUGGGGCUCUGUCGGGAAGAUAUGCCAAUCUUUGGUCUCUGUCCGGCACAUGAUGAUUUCUACUUGGUGGUGUGUAACGACUGCAACCAAGUUGUCAAACCGCAGGCAUUUCAAUCUCACUAUGAAAGAAGACAUAGCUCAUCUAGCAAGCCUUCCUUGGCUGUUCCUCACACUUCAGUAUUUUCCCUCUUCCCUUCUCUGUCCAAAAGCAAAGGCGGUGGUGCCGGUGGAAGUAGCCGGCCUCCCAGUGGAGGAGUCCUUUGUGCAUCCUCAAGCUCCAAGUUACUCAGAUUGCCCAAAGAGAAACUGCAGCUCAGGGGGAACAUGAAGCCCAUGCAUCCCAUGCAGCAGACUAAAGUCCCCCAUGGAAGAGUCAUGACACCCUCUGUGAAGGUGGAAAAGAUGCAUCCGAAGAUGGAUGGCACACUACUGAAAUCCACAGUGGGGCCAGCCUGUCCUGCUACUGUGAGCUCUGCAGUCAAGCCUGGCCUUAACUGUCCCUCAAUACCAAAGCCAACCUUGCCUUCACCUGGACAGAUUCUGAAUGGCAAAGGGCUUCCUGCAAUGCCAACUCUGGAAAAGAAAUCUGAAGACAGUUCUAGUAACAGGAAGUUUUUAAAUAAGAGAUUAUCAGAAAGAGAGUUUGAUCCUGACAUCCACUGUGGGGUCAUUGAUCUGGAUACCAAGAAGCCCUGCACCAGGUCUUUGACUUGCAAGACACAUUCCUUAACCCAGCGGAGAGCUGUUCAGGGCAGAAGAAAACGAUUUGAUGUGUUAUUAGCGGAGCACAAAAACAAAGCCAGGGAGAAGGAGCUGACUCGCCAUCCGGACUCUCAGCAACUACCACAUCCACUCAGGGACCCGCAUCCCACCCCUCCUAGGACCCCCCAGGAGCCACACCUUCCUGCAGAAUCAAAGCCUUUCUUAGCUAGUAAACCGAAACCUCAUACCCCUAGUCUUCCAAGGCCUCCAGGCUGCCCAGCUCAGCAAGGAGGGAGCACCCCCAUUGACCCUCCUCCAGGCCAUGGGUCUCCACACCCGCCCUUGCCUGCCACUGAGCCAGCUUCUCGGUUAUCCAGUGAGGAGGGUGAAGGCGAUGACAGAGAAGAGUCUGUUGAGAAACUGGACUGUCAUUAUUCAGGUCGUCACCCUCAGCCAGCAUCGUUUUGCACAUUUGGGAGCCGGCAGAUUGGAAGAGGUUAUUAUGUGUUUGACUCCAGGUGGAACCGGCUUCGCUGUGCCCUCAACCUCAUGGUAGAGAAGCAUUUGAAUGCACAGCUAUGGAAGAAAAUCCCACCAGUGCCCUGUACCACAUCACCUGUUUCUGCCCGUGUUCCUCACCGGACAAAUUCUGUGCCGACAUCACAAGGUGGGAUCAGCUACCUAGCAGCAACCACUGUCUCCUCACCUCCAGUCCUGCUGUCAUCCACCUGCAUCUCCCCAAAUAGCAAGUCGGUACCAGCUCAUGGAACCACCCUAAAUGCACAGCCUGCUGGUUCUGGGGCGAUGGAUCCUGUGUGCAGUAUGCAAUCCAGACAAGUAUCUGCUUCAUCCUCAUCCCCCUCCACACCCUCUGGCCUUUCUUCAGUUCCCUCUUCCCCUCUGUCCAGAAAACCUCAGAAAUUGAAACCUAGCAAGUCUGUAAGGCCCAAGGAGUCUUCUGCUCUCAGUACUAACUGUCACAAUGCCAGUAGCAGUACCAGUGGUGGCUCAGGAAAGAAACGCAAAAACAGUUCCCCACUGUUAGUUCAUUCUUCCUCCUCUUCAUCGUCCUCCUCUUCCUCUUCUCAUUCCGUGGACUCUUUUAGGAAAAACUGUGUGGCUCACUCUGGGACUCCAUACCUGUCAACAGCACCAUCUUCCCACAGCAUCGGCCUCAACUGUGUGACAAAUAAAACACACUCGGUGAGCCUCCGGCAUGAGCAGGUGGGCCGGGUUCCCGCUGGUGUGAGCCCUGCAGAGCCCAUCAAGAGGAUGAGUGUCAUGGUGAACAGCAGCGACUCCACUCUCUCUCUUGGCCCAUUCAUCCAUCAGUCCAGUGAACUGCCUGUCAACCCACACUCACACACUCCUCUAGACAAACUCAUAGGAAAGAAAAGAAAGUGCUCCCCAGGCUCCAGCACCGUUGGCAACAGUGGCACCAAACCUACAAAGGUUGCCAAAUUGCCACUUAUGAACAACGUCCACAUGAAACACACAGGCACCAUCCCAGGGGCACAAGGAUUGACGAACAAUUCCCUCCUCCAUCAGCCAAAGGCACGACCCUGACAUCUGACAGUACCACUGGACGGAAUAAUCCAGUUUUGAAGACAAGUUACACCUCUGCUCAGCACUCUGGACUCCACGAUGCCUUUGAGUGUCUUUUUCUAAACUCCUGUGGGCCUUCAGGGUAAGCCCUGGCUGUUUGACAAGGAUUUCCAGAAGCUGUGUCUGUAGCAGUGAGCACACGGGAAGGACACUGGAUCACGUGCAGCCACCGGAUUGCGUUCUCAGUGUUAGCAGUGGUCUGGACUGUUUGCUGCCAAUCUGUGAGAAGUUUUUUGUUGUGUUGUUUUUCUUUUUUCAUCUGGAGCAUAUCAUGGAGCCACUUGUAAAGCAGAUUGGCUGGGCACAAAGUGUUUUGGCAAGAGCAUUUCUGUGGACUCUCCUCCCUCUUUCUCUGCCAGAAUGGUUUUGAACACAUUCUCAUCUGUAAGUCAGUCUCCAGAAGGUAGGCACCUUACCUGGAGACUGGAGGCCUUCCAAAGAAAGGGGAUCGAGUUGCAUCCUGAGUCGCCUCCUGGAGGAUAUUUGACUUUAGAUUUUGUUUUUAAUCGCAGUGUUCAGGACUAGAAUACUAAGAUGGUGGUCAAUGCAUCAUGACACAGUAGCCCAGCCCUUUUCAAGUAAUUUGGGAUAAGAAGCUUAUCAAGUUCUUCAGACUUAAAAACUGGCUUGAAGCUGGUGAUGCCUGGAUAUUAAGGUGAAAGGAUCUCAGAAGCUUAGUUUUCAUGGUACAAAAGCAUGUGUGAUAAAAAGAGAGAAAGAAAGAGGAAGAAUGAAGAAAAGAAAGACGGAAAGAGAGACACGGGAUAAAAACCAGUUGGGACACUGGAUUCGGGGAGGUGAAAAAUCUUAAAGUGAGGCAAAAUGUGUAGGAUUUCCAAAGAGACUGACUUGAUUGUCACUGUGUUCAUUGAACAGUGUGUCAGACGGGGUGAUUGUCUUCCUCGGUCUGCUUUUUAAGAUCUGCCUUUUUAAAAGUUAUCAUGUCCUUAAACUUUCCAAGGCAUUACUCCCAUUUCCUCUUUCACUAGUGUUUGGAGAACUAAGUGUGGGUUUCUGCUUCCAGGCCUGCUGUCAUUGUCUGUGUCACAGCUUCGUCAGACCGUCAGGUGAUUAUUUGAAUGCAGGUGGGCUGAGGUGGAGACUCCCAAGAAAGGGUACAUGCCCAUGGAGAGCAGCGACUUUGUGAGGGGAACCGUGUUUACCUGUGCUCACCUUCUUUGCUGUGACAGUAACAGCCAUCCUCCCUCUGUGAGGUUUAAAGCCCUCUUUAAGAUUUCUCAGUACCCUGCUCCCAAAGAAUGUUUAAUGUGUUAAAACAUUGCUUGAAAAGACAUCUACUGGUGAAUUUGGGGGUGAUCUAGGGCCACUGUAGCAGCUCCUGCUCAGAGGACCGAGUCCUCGGGCUUAGGAAGAGUAUAGUAGAGUGGCCAACAGGACAACCCCCGGUCAGUGUGUCCUUUCCCUACAGUUCUUAGAUUAUUACAAACUUGAGAUUCAGGGAAUUUCAGUCAACAACAGGUAGAAUGAAUAAAUACUUGGUUACCAACCUAAUAAUGUGAAUUGCUACAUUUACUCUUAUUAUGUAAGAACACAAAGACUUUAUGCAGAUACUUUAACUAUAAAUUAAUGGGAAAUGUUGAACUUUUUUAAGGAAGGGAAAACAGAAUCUUAUUCACUUAUUAUGCAAUCAGUCAGUGAAUGUUGUAAAGAUGACGCUAGAGGAGCUCUGAGGAGAGCCGGAUGGGCCCGUGGUGAAGUUAGGGAGUUAGGAGGGCCAUCUGAUUCUCUCCCGGUGCUGGGAAGCAGGAGAGGGAUCCCAGCUCACACAGUCAUUACUUGCUGACAAGUGCAAUGGGGUGUGGGGUAGAUUUAUUUUCAGAGCUGGGGACUUGGUGGUUAUAAAUUAAGUUGCUUUUAGUGAUGGAAUUUAUAGACAGAUAUUGUUCCGAAAGAUGUGAAUAAGAGCCACAGUAGGAAGCUUAUUCAGAAUAAAGUAGAUACUUAAGUUAAUGAGUGUUAUAAUUUGAUUUCUUAGGCUGGGAUUUUAAUUGAACUUCAUUAUAUCUCCAGGAAACACAUAGAGCCUCGGGAUUAGGAAAAGCCAUUUUGGAUUCUGCCUGCCACAAACAGACAUAUUCUAAACCGUGCUACUAAAGUUUAGACUGUUCAAAUAUUUUAUUUUCUCUGACAACUACUUUUUAUGAUGAUGAAUAAUUAAGACCAUUUAAAAUAUGGGAGUACAAAUAUUUUUUUUAAUUAGAUUAACUUGCAAAAACCAAAUUUGCAGUGCUUGGGUUGUUUCUAGACAGACUUUGGUGUCAAUUUAAAACCAAGAUAAUUUUUUAUAUUCUUUCCAAUAGAAUUCAUGACAGCUUCUGCAGUUUUCUUAAACUACAAAAAACUAAAAGUGCUGCAAUGAUGAACAAAGAAUUAUAAAAAACCUACUUUUGUAUCUUUAUUUUGGAAUUUCUUGUUCUAUUAUAAAUAUGAAAGUAUCCCUAUUUCAGAAGACAUAUUUUGUUAAAAAUGAAUUGUACAUAUUUAAAUAUGUAUUUUUGCACAGGUCUUUUUUUCUGAUAUCCUGUUUUGGUACAAUUGAGAUCAUCUAGUAUUUAUUUAUUAAUUAAUAAAAAUAAAUACCUUUUUAUAAUUUGAAGUGGUUCACUGCCAAGCCAGUAGUUUAGAACCUGUCUCCUUUACAGUUAAGGGAUGCCUCUGUCGUGUGGGAGUUGCUGUCCCUUUUAGGGACUUUUAGGGAGGGGAUUCAUACAGAUGAAGCGGGCGCCUCUCAGUUGCCUGAUUUUCAAAUAGACUACAUGGAGCUAAGUGACACACUGCUUUUCUUUGUUUAGUUGUGUGUGUGUGUGU